GUUUUUUUGCCGCUUUGAGCUCAUCAGAACCGAAUGUUGGGUCGCGCGCGGGACCGCGGCUGCGACUCGAGCUACAGUACGAGGGCGCGUGAUGAUCACGUGACAAUGUGCAGUUUGUAAGAUGUUGUUGGUACUGUGCUGCUGUUUACUGCUCCAGCAGGUGAGCAGUGGUCAUGCUGUGAGAGUGGAGGAAGUGAAGGCUGCAGGUGUGAAGCCAGUGAAGGUUCAUGUGGGAAACACAGCGCUGGUGGUGCGUGGACAAGGUGGAGGUGGAGGACGUGGUGGAGGAGGCGUGUCCGAGCGUGUGCAGUUUUGCACGUGGCCGUGUAAGUGUGGUCCUCGGCGUACAUGUCCCCCGGGGGUCAGCGCGGUGUUGGACGGCUGUGGUUGCUGUAAAAGCUGUGCACGGCAGAUUGGAGAAUCCUGUAAUGAGAGAGACGUGUGUGAUCCUCACAAGGGCAUGUACUGCGACUUCUCCCGGGAUAAACCACGUUUCCAACACGGGGUGUGUGCAUACAUGAUGGCAGUGGGUUGUGAUCUGAAUGGAGUUCACUAUGAGAAUGGUGAGGGGUUCCAGCCCACUCCACUGUAUAAGUGUACGUGUAUUGGUGGAGCGAUCGGCUGUACACCUGUAUUUAUCCAGAAACCGGCAGCCAUGUUGUCACCCGCAGCAUUACAGAGCAACACUGUUCCCGCUGGGUUCCGCGUGAAAACACCACAGGACACAGCGUACCAGAGCAUGUCAGCUUACAGGGCUCCUCCUUUAGUGAAGCUGGGAGGAUGUGUGGUCCAGACGACACCCUGGUCUCCGUGCUCUCGCUCCUGCGGCUUCGGCAUCUCCAUCCGCAUUUCCAACCACAACGCCAAGUGCAAGAUGAAGAAAGAGCGCCGCCUGUGCGUGCUCCGCCCCUGCGACAAGAAGAGCCUGAAGAUCCCGGCGAGGACAUCCUGCAAGCCUCAGUUCCAGGCGAAGAGGGCAGAGAAGUUCACGCUGUCAGGCUGCAGCAGCAGCAGAAAGUUCCGCCCACUCUACUGCGGAGUGUGUUCAGAUACACGCUGCUGCGCCCCACACCGCUCCACUGUGGUCAAGGUGGACUUCAAGUGUGUGGGCGGAGCCAACGUGCAGUGGAAAAUGCAGUGGAUCACUUCCUGUGUGUGUGAGAGGAAGUGCAGUAACCCAGGAGACAUGUUCUCUCAACUGCAAUUACUCUGACACACACACACACACACACACACACACACACACGCUGUAAUACACUUAACUGGUGUACUAUAAUAAAGGACGAUAAUGUCCCACUGUGUGUGUGUGUGUGUGUGAGAUUAGGUAGUGACUGUGUGUGUGAUUGUGAUGUCUCUAAUACACACACACACACACACACACACACACACACACACACACACACACACACACACACACACA